AUGGAGGACGAUAUGUUCAAACUUUGCGUAGAUUGUGGUGAAUAUUCAAUUGAUGACGAUCAUGAGUGUGAAUUGCCGGAUACAAACAAUGAUGAUUCAAAUUUGGUAUCGUCACCAAUUGAAACAACUUUGACCGAAGUCCAAAAUGUGGAAGAAUUAAUUAAUGAAGUCUUUAAGCGAACACCAUUGUGGGACAGUACUUUACCUUAUGAAAAACGAGGUCCAUCCAGAACAAAAUUGUUAUGGUCAGCGAUUGAUAAAAAACUAAAUUUACGUCCAGGUACUGCGAAUGUUAAAUGGCGUAAUUUACGAGAUACUUACGUCAGAAAAUUAAGUGAACAGAAAAAGUACAUUCCAAGUGGAAGCGCUGCUGAAGCUAAGCCUAAAGUAUCAUGGCCAUAUUUUGAACUGUUAGGAUUUUUAAGACCAACAGUAAUGCGUAGAAAGACAUUUAGUAACAUAAGCCCACCUGCAUCUUUCAGUACUAAUAGUGAUAAACGUUACAUAGAGCAACAAUUAGAAAAGCUAAAUAGUAAUACGAGUUUAACAGCUUCCAGAAGCAACAGUAAUAAAAGUUGUACAUUCUCAGGAAACCGAUAUACAGUGACCGGCAAAAAUAAAAAGCCACCUUAA